AUGCCCCAACAGGCCAAGAAACAAGAGCUCGAGAGAAAGAGAGGGAAAGACGAAAGGAAUCGUUGCUCCAGUGGGGGUUUUCUGUCUUCAAGUGUUGGAAAUGACUAUGGAUGCACGAAUAACUCCACGAGAAUACUGGCAAGGGAUUAUGAAAGAUCAGCACAUGCGGAGGCAAUUCAAGAUAACCAAGACAAGCCCUUUGUUCAAGAGUUUGAACCUAAACCUAGUGCCAAGGCCUAUCGUGAUGAUAAGCUAAAAAACGAGAGAGCAUUUGUGAAAGACUUUGAGCCAAGACCUAGUGCCACAUCCUAUCUCGAAGAUAAACUAAAAUAUGAGAGAACUUUUACCACAAAUUUUGAACCGAGACCUCGAGCUACAACCUAUCACCAUGACUUUGAACCAAGGCCUAAUGUAUCUUCUUACACCGAUGAUGGUGAACAGGGAAAAGGGAAAUCUUUUGUAACAGCGUUUGAGCCGAGGCCUAAUGUGUCAGCUUACAUCGAUGAUGUAGGAUUGAAUGAGAAAAAGACAUUUGAGAAAGAUUUUGAGCCCUGA